UAAAAACAGCACUUCCGGUUAUGAAUGUCUCCUCUACCGCGAGCUCUCUGUCAGAAGGUUUGGCGUCUUUUUGCUCUCUCCUGCUUUCCAGUUAUUUUUAUUCAGGAGAAGGCGCGAAACGGAGCCAUGGCGGCGCGCUGAAGAAGUAAAGCUGUAAUGGAGGAACAGAGUAAAAAAGUCCUUUUUAAAUCCGAAAUGACGGAAUGUGGGACCGAGCAGAGGAACAGCGGCGAGUCUAAAUCCGAACAGGAAAACGGCUCGUGUAAAGAAACGGCACCUGCGGAUUUCAGUGAUCCGGUGUAUAAAGAGCUGUCUCUGGCCAACGGCACCAUUAACCGCAUGAACAGAGAUGAACUGCGUGCUAAAUGUGCUGAGCUCAAGCUGGACACCAGAGGUGUGAAAGACGUGCUGAAGAAGCGUCUUAAGAACUACUAUAAGAAGCAGAAGCUGAAGCAGUCGGCGACGGCCGGCUCCGACGGCUCGUAUUACGACUACAUCUGCGUGGUGGACUUCGAGGCGACGUGUGAAGAGAAUAACCCGCGAAACUUUAUCCACGAAAUCAUCGAGUUCCCCAUGGUCCUCAUCGACAUGCACACUUUGGAGAUUGUCGAUUCGUUUCAGGAAUACGUGAAGCCCCAGUUGAACCCGAAGCUCUCGGAUUUCUGCGUGGAGCUAACGGGAAUAACACAGAAAAUGGUGGACGAGGCGGAUCCGUUCCCUCGCGUUCUUCGCCGAGUGGUGGACUGGCUGCAGGAGAAAGAGCUGGGCACCAAGUACAAAUACACUCUGCUAACAGACGGAUCUUGGGAUAUGAGUAAAUUCCUUCACACGCAAUGCCGACUGAGUCGACUCCGAUAUCCUCAGUUUGCAAGAAAUUGGAUCAACAUCAGAAAGUCUUAUGGAAACUAUUAUAAGGUGGCUCGGACCCAGACGAGGCUGAACUGCAUGUUGGAGAAUCUCGGCAUGCGGUACGAGGGCCGACCGCACUGCGGCCUGGACGACUCACGCAACAUCGCCCGCGUCGCCAUCCGCAUGCUGAAGGACGGCUGUCGGCUGCGUGCGAACGAGCGUCUGUACGAAGGCGAGCUGCAGAACGUGUCCAGCACGGUGGUGUUGGAAGUAGCUCCGCCUCCUCAGUACCCCAAAAGCAGAGACUAAUUCAGUAGAGUAUUUGGUAAGCAGGCAGUAAGUGAGCAGGAGUGGAAAUGAGUGUGAGUAAUUUGAUUUGACAAAAAGCGUGCUUUGUUUACUGCCAGUUCGUAAGAUUAAUAAUAACGACCGGACCAAAUCUCCUGUCUGUGUUUUUAUACUAUGCAUCAUUUCUCACAAACACAUUUCACAAAGAAGUCUUUAUUUUGGAUUUUACAUCUCCACAUUCAUUCUUUACUCUUUAGCAGCAAUCAUCCUGAGUCUGCACCCGUAUUUUUUUAACGUAACAAUAAAGUGCCAUUCCAGUUUUAAGCUCUGUCUUGAAUCGUUCUUGAAGAUACAUUACCGGUCAAAAGUUUGUGGACACUCGACUGAAAUGUUUCUCAUGAGCUUAAAAGCCUUUUGACCUGAAGGUGUGGGAUUAAAUGUGUGAAAUCGGUGUCGUAGACAAAAAUAUCAUCGUGCCGACGUAUUCAUUUCUUUUUUUUUUAGAAAACUAACAUUUUAUUUACAAAAAAUCUUUUUUUAAACGGACGACUCGGAGCGAGAUAUUCGGAAAAGCAGCCGAUAAGCGUCCGGCGUCGGUGGGAACUCCUUUAAUACUGUUUAAAAAGCAUCUCAGGGAAAUUCCUCAAGGAAUCGGUCGAGAAAACACCCAGAAUACAUUUCUGGAAAUUCUAGGCGAAAAGGGCGUCUACUUCGAAGAUGCUAAAAUACUAAAUUAUUUUGAUUUAUUUUGGAUUUUUUUUUAGCACAACAUAAUUCCCAUAAUUCAUUUGUGUUACUCCAGAGUUUUCCAGACUUUAUUCCAUCCAUCCAUCCAUCCAUCUUCUGUACCGCUUUAUCCUUUUCAGGGUCACGGGGGAACCAGGAGCCUAUCCCAGGGAGCAUCGGAACCAAGGCGGGGUACACCCUGGACAGGGUGCCAAUCCAGACUUUAUUAAUAUUCUAAAAAUGUGGGG